AUGUCAGAGGCAACACUGAAAUGUACUUUAGAAGGGGUAUCGAAAAAGUCUAGCUGGAAAAUCAUCAGGAGGAAUGAGUAUUUUGAGCUUAACAAUGGCAGUGUGGUGAAACUCGACUCAAACUGUGCCACAAAUAAAUCUUGCACUGCCGUUACACUUCAUAAUGUAACAAACAUCUGGGCGGGCACGUAUGAAUGUGAAUUCACAAGUGGGUCACUCAGACAUACGGCAAGGAAAGAAUUAAAAGUGGCGACCCUGCCCGAAGAUAUCGCCAUGACAGCUGAACCUGUUACUGUGGACUGCUCUAAAAAACAAAGUACUCAAAAUGUUACAGUAACUGCCACAGUCCAAAACAACAAUGAGACCUAUAAAGUCAUGUGGAGCUACAAAGUUGGAGAUAAAAUACAAUGUAAGAUAAAUAAUAAAUCCAGACGAUUUCUUUCACAACACUCUUAUAAAUUUUGCAAAGAAGAUGAUUUAUGGCCCAGGACCCCAGAUGGAGACACAGUGUUUAAUCGAAACUGUCCAAAGGGCAGAGUUGGCUACGAGUCACGCACUUGUAAAGGAAACGAGUGGCAGCCAGUGUUCUCCAAUUGUGUCAGCAACCGUUUGUUUAACCUUUUGCAAGUCGCAGAGAACUACAUGAAAGGACAAGGGGCAACUCCAGAGAGGGCCAAAUCUAUUUUUGAAGGACUUCGGGACAGUUCGAUGUCGGAUACAAAUUCAAUAGACAGGAUGACUGACCUUACUGUCUCUAUUCAUAUUCUUGAGUUGAUGGCUAAAGCAUCAGAAAUCAAUACCCUGGAUAACUGUGUCUCACAGUUUCAGGUCUUCGUUGAUGGGGCAAGUGAUAUGUUGGCCCAAACCUGGGCUGGAGUCAACGAGUCCAUUAUUUAUAACCUGUCAUCAAAUUAUCUUUGGUCUGUGGAAGGUUUAGUGAAGAACAUCCAAAUCAACCGAGGUCAAAGAUUGACCUCUCCAAAUUUAGAGGUCACCGUCUGCCCAGGUGGUAACUGUGAAGUGACUUCGUACGAUACCACAAUAUAUAUGAACAGGUCCUCUGGAAUUUUGAAAAUACUUGCUGUGAAAAAUCUGACGGAUAAAUUACAGAACGACUUCCCAUACACGGUGCCAUCACCAGUUUUGAUAUCUGCAACACUGGAGGAUAAUGAUGAAUCAUCUGUAAGAAUUAGGUUGAAAUUUAACAAGGAGGUGCAGAACUCUGGAAAAACUUUCUGUGUUUUUUGGAACACCACAGGGAGAUGGUCAGAAGAAGGAUGCAGAGCAAUGGUUGGUGGUAACGACAUCCUCUGUGAGUGCGACCACUUGACUCCAUUCUCUGCCAUGUUUGGCUACGAUAGUGAUUCGACACAACGUCUUGAACACCUUACAAUAGUUGGCCUGAGUGUGUCCAUUUGCUCCUUGCUUAUCUUUCUUAUCAUUCAGUGUCUGGUAUGGUCAGCAGUGGUCAAAACAAACCUUUCACAUUUUUACCACACAGCCAUGGUAAAUAUUGCCGUUUUCCUCUUGCUUGGCCACUGCAGUUUCUUGAUUUCCUCACUAACAACUGAUCUCUCAACGCACCCUCCAUGGUGCGAAAUUGCGACUGUCUGCAAACAUCUAUUUUUCUUAGCCACAUUUUGCUGGAUGCUAUGUAUGAGCAUGAUGCUAGUCUACCAUCUGAUUUUUGUAUUCAACCCACUGAGCAAAAAUAUUUUUAUAUCUCUCUCCACCAUAGUAGGCUACGUCUUCCCAAUGCUCAUAGUGGGAUCCACCUACAUGUAUUGCAAAUAUAGCGGCAAGCGGUACCACGACGAAAAAUGUUGGCUAGUUCCUGGAAAGGUCUUCCAGAGCUCUUUGUCUUCUUUUCUCUUCCCAAUUGGAGCCAUCACUCUGAUAAAUCUCUGUUGUGUGGUGGUUGUCAUUGUCACUCUGGUGAAGUCUCCAGUCCUCGAUAGCAGAAAUGCAGACUACAGGAAAACAGCCAAAAGUAUCCUCAAAGUGAUAGUUUUUUUGACGCCAGUCUUUGGACUGACAUGGAUCGUAGGAUUCUUUCUCUUCACAGCAGACCUGGAAGGACCAUUUUUUGUCAUUGUGAGCUACAGUUUCAGCAUCCUCAAUUCCUUUCAGACUGUGAAUUGA